GCAAACGAGACUUGCGAAUCACUGUUUUGCGAGACUCAAGAUGGCGUAUGGGAAAUUUUGAUGAACCUGGAAAGCAGUCUUUUGUCGCCCAGUUAAAAGGCAUCAUAUUGCAGAACAGCUUUUUAGAGAAGAAAAUCGAAGAAGAGAUAUAUAAAUUGUGUGUUUAAUAACUUAUCAAAACGAAAGUUUAGUCAUGGCUGAGAUGAAUUCGAGCAAAACUGAAUUUAACAACAAUGCGGUGCACGUCUUUUACCCAGCAUUGAUCAACGUAGUUUACUCAAUAUCUGCCUUUGUGAUGACAAUGAUUUUGGUUCCAGCAACAAAGGGGUAUUUCAUGAAAGCUGGUUUGAAGGGAAAGGAUAUGGCAAAGAAAGACAAGCGAGAAAUCCCAGAAUCACUUGGUGUUAUUUGUGGCAUGGUUUAUUUGAUCUGUAUGUUCUUGUUUAUACCAAUGCCUUUUGUUACAAAGUGGAUGGCCCAGGAUGAUUCUACAGAUUUUCCCCACCAUGAAUUUGUAGAAUUCAUUGUUGCACUGCUGUCCAUUUGCUGCAUGAUUCUUCUUGGAUUUGCUGAUGAUGUCCUUGAUCUGAAGUGGAGACAUAAACUAUUUCUGCCAACAAUUGCUUCAUUGCCUCUGUUAAUGGUUUAUCAUGUGAACUUCAACUCAACAACAAUCAUUAUUCCUAAACCUCUGCGACUUUACAUUGGAGUAGACCUCAAUCUCGGUAUUAUGUACUACUUGUAUAUGGGCAUGCUUGCUGUUUUUUGCACAAAUGCUAUCAACAUAUUGGCUGGGAUCAAUGGCAUUGAAGUUGGGCAGUCACUUAUCAUCUCUUGCUCGAUCAUAGCAUUCAAUUUUAUUGAGCUUUAUGGUGAUUGCUGGAAAACUCAUUUGUUUUCCCUCUAUCUCAUUAUGCCAUACACUGGAGUUUGUGCUGCUUUGCUAUAUCACAACUGGUAUCCUGCAAGCAUUUUUGUUGGUGAUACCUUCUGCUACUUUUCUGGCAUGACUUUUGCUGUGAUUGCAAUCCUGAGUCACUUCAGCAAAACUAUGUUGCUAUUCUUUAUCCCUCAAGUUGUCAACUUUGUUUAUUCUGCACCACAGCUGUUCCAUUUGAUACCGUGCCCAAGACACAGAUUACCAAGAUACAAUGAGAAAACUGACAGGCUUGAAAUGAGCAAAGCAGUUUUUAAGAAGUCAGAACUCAAUUUCCUUGGGAGAUUAGUCAUUAGUAUUGCUGGGAAAUUGGGGCUGCUUCAUGUUAAAGACAACUUAGGAGAAGAUAAGGAAAGAAUUGAGAUCAAUAACAUGACUUUGAUCAACUUGGUUAUCAAGUUUAUUGGACCGGUUCAUGAAAGUACUUUGACUGUCAUCUUGAUGGUUGUUCAGGUUCUUGGAAGUUUUGUUGCAUUUUGGAUCAGAUACCACUUGGCAAGCCUAUUUUAUGAUGUGUAAUUGUAGAACACUAAAUUGAGAUGAUUUUAUAUUUCAUUUGAUUAGUAGCAAAUUUCUCAUUGAAUUUCGAUGAUGAUACAAAUCAACUGUG